AUGGCACCUUCACGUUCCGCGGACAACUCGUCCUUGGGUAGUGACUCUUCAAGUAGUGAUGAGUCGCUGGAAGUUGGAGAGACCACCGAGAAUGACAACGGUCUCAUGAUGGAUGUUGAUGAAGAUGAAGGUGCUAUAGGCGACUACAACCUCACUGUCUCCGGUAAGCUCAAUCCGAUUGCAAUGCCAAGUACGGAUUACCUGCAGCAAACUGACGCUGAAAAAGACAACAACUAUGACGGUGACAACAAAAAUAGUGAUGUAGACAAUGAGAUGACCGAUUACGCUCCAUGGGAGCAUUCGUCCGAUUCCCAACGCCCCACGAAGCGAAAUAGGGCCAAGAAGACGAAUUCAAGGAAAGCAAAGCGAGGGAUUCGCGUACCGGACGAAAACUCAGAGCAUGCUUGGAGCACGUCCACUUUCAAGAACAAGGUCGGAAUCGCUGGCAUGGAGGCGUUUCUGAGACGCCCGGAAUUUGGUGUUGACGUUGAUGCCGAGUUUCCAUCAACAGGCCUGCCGGACAAACCAUACCGCGACAUCGACGGUACACAGAUAGGUCGUGGAGCCGCCAUGGCUCACAAGUGCCAUUAUCUGCACCAGACUUUAAUAGAUGCCAAGGCUGAAGACGACUUCCGCCAGGCGUCCGUCAAUCAGCUGAUUCGAGAGUCUCGCAUCUAUCAUCCACCAGAGCUCGCGGCGCGUGACACCCACCAGACCACGCUGGCUCGUACCCAUCUACAGUCUAUCAGGCACCAUGCGACAGUCCAGGUCAACGCGGCCUUCGACAACAACCACCAACCCACAGCCCAGCUAUCAGAACUUGAACUCGAUAGUGACGGUCAGCCCCUUAUCUCGGCCGCCGUCCAGCAUCUUAUUUACAGCGUCGUUGUAACCCAAAUUCGUGGCAACAGGCUGCGAAACCUUCAUGUCUCUGAGGCUGGAGAUCAGCGAUUCCAGAUACCAGCCGACUACGCGGAGUUGCGAGCUAGGCUGAAGUACGAACUACAGAGCACUCUGAGGCUUGAGGAGGAUGUGGAUCGGGAGGCUACUGCUCGAAAGCUGCUCAUGCAGGAGUUUCCUCAGCAGUUGUGA